UUUGUUUUCCGCCUUUCCCCGCGGCCGUUUGACUCCUUCCGCGCCGCACCGACCGCAGGAAACCCCCAAAGGCGCCCCCAAACCGCGGUGGAGCCCCAAAAACGCCCCCGACCCGCAGCGGGAACCCCGCACGGAGCCCCCCGAGCCCCGGCCGCGCUCCCGAACCCCCAAAGGUGCCCCCGAACCGCCGGUACCGUGUUUGCCGUAGUAGUUGUCCCCGUGUCCCCCCAUCCCGGCGAGCGCUCCGAGCCCCGGACCCGCCGCCGUUCCCGUUCCCGUUCCCGUCCGUGCCGGGCCGGGCUGGGCUGGGCCGGGCUGGGCUCAGGCGACCCCGCCUCCGUCACGGCCACCCCAAAAUCCGCCCUCCGGGGCACGAACGUGGCCCAAACCCCGCCCCGGAGAGCGCCGGCCCCGCGGUGCACCGGGGGACACCGGGGGGACACCGGGGAGAGCGGGCACCGGCACCGGGGGGCACCGGGGAGAGCGGGCACCGGCACCGGGGGGCACCGGGGGGAACGGACACCGGCACCGGGGGGAACGGGCACCGGCACCGGAGGGAACCCGGGGGUUACCGGAGAAUUCCGGCACCGGGAGAAACCGAGGAGCUCCGGUACCGGUACCGGGCAGCCCCGGGGCGCGGUGCGGCCCCGCCGAACCCAGUGCGGAGCCGCUCACCUGGGCAGGUGACGGUGCCGGAGGUGACGGCGCCGCGCGGGCGCCAUGGCCGCCUCCGCCCUCUUCAUCCUGGACCUCAAGGGGAAGCCGCUGAUCAGCCGCAACUACAAGGGGGACGUGGGGCUGGGGGAGAUCGAGCACUUCAUGGGGGUCCUGCUGCAGCGCGAGGAGGAGGGGACGCUCACGCCCGUGCUGACCCACGGCCACGUCCACUUCCUGUGGAUCAAACACGCCAACCUGUACCUGGUGGCCACCACCAAGAAGAACGGCAACGCCUCCUUGGUCUUCUCCUUCCUCUACAAGGUGGUGGAGGUGUUCUGUGAGUAUUUCAAGGAGCUGGAGGAGGAGAGCAUCCGCGACAACUUCGUCAUCGUCUACGAGCUGCUGGACGAGCUGAUGGACUUCGGCUUCCCGCAGACCACGGACAGCAAGAUCCUGCAGGAGUACAUCACGCAGGAGGGGAACAAGCUGGAGACGGGCAAGUCACGGGUGCCCACCACGGUGACCAACGCGGUGUCCUGGCGCUCCGAGGGGCUGCGCUACAAGAAGAACGAGGUGUUCAUCGACGUCAUCGAGGCCGUCAACCUGCUGGUGAGCGCCAGCGGCAGCGUGGUGCUCAGCGAGGUCGUGGGCACCAUCAAGCUCAAGGUUUUCCUCUCGGGGAUGCCGGAGCUGCGCCUGGGCCUCAACGACCGCGUCCUGUUCGAGCUGACGGGCCGGGGGAAGAACAAGUCCGUGGAGCUGGAGGACGUCAAGUUCCACCAGUGCGUCCGUCUGUCCCGCUUCGACAACGACCGCACCAUCUCCUUCAUCCCCCCCGACGGCGACUUCGAGCUCAUGUCCUACCGCCUGCACACCCAGGUGAAGCCGCUCAUCUGGAUCGAGUCCAUCAUCGAGAAGUUCUCGCACAGCCGGGUGGAGAUCAUGGUCAAG